CUUCAAACAACACCUCUCAGUUAACGGCCAUGCUUCAAGAUGUCACUACUGUCAGAGGCUAACGCCAUCUUAGAAGGUGAUCAAAACAAAUAAGCUCAACAUCAUGUCUUUGUUCAGUUGUUGAAUUUCUGGGAGAGGUGGUGGCAUCCUCCCAUAAGAGCUUCCAUUAGACACCUGACCCUGACAGCAGGCCUAAAUCCCCUUGCAGACACACCUGUGGAGGGCUGUAUAAAAGCUCAGGUGAGAUGGGUCUCACACACCGAGCCCCAGUGAAGGAGCCGUCUACAGCAUCUCCACACACUAAAGCAACAUGGACCUCAGAGCCUCCAUCUCCCUUCUUGUGCUGCUGCUUGGCCUGUCCAAGGCUCUGCCUGACAGUGAUGAAAAUGAAAAUUUUCUAGAGGAGUCUGACAGUGUGGACUUAACUACACAGAUUCUGUCAACCAAUAAUGCCUCCAGUGAGCUUCUAGUGGAAGGAGAUCUUGUUGUGCCAAGAACCAGGAAUGCUAUGGCUUGCUGGAACAACCAAUGCUUAUGGAAGAAGUCUUCUAAUGGAAAAGUUGAAGUCCCCUACACAGUCAACUCUCAGUUUUCAUCCUCUGAUAAGAGUAAAAUUCAAAAUGCCAUGGCAACCUUCAACAGAAAAACCUGUGUACAGUUUGUUGCUCGCUCAACUCAGAGGGACUACAUCAGCAUUGAGAACAGAGAUGGGUGCUUCUCCAGCCUUGGGAGGACAGGAGGCAAACAGGUGGUCUCCCUCCAAAAGAGAGGUUGUGUUUACCACGGCAUCAUCCAGCAUGAACUCAACCAUGCUCUGGGCUUCUACCAUGAGCAAACCAGGAGUGACAGAGACCAGUAUGUGAAAAUCAACUGGAAUUACAUCAACUCACGAAUGACUUACAACUUCAAGAAACAACGCACCAACAACCUGAACACUCCAUAUGACUACUCUUCUGUGAUGCAUUAUGGGAGAACUGCUUUCACGGUCCAGAAUGGAAAGGAGACAAUCACUCCAAUUCCAAACCCAAAUGUGCGAAUUGGACAGAGACAGGGAAUGUCCACCACUGACAUCCUGAGGGUCAACAAACUCUAUGGAUGCUAACCAAACCCAAACUGAUGCUGUCCCAGUCUGGUACCACCACAUGACGUCUUGAUCACAGAACACAAUGUGACAGAUGAAUAUGUAUAUGUCUUGUGAGCAUCACUACUGUCAUAUUGAUA